AUGGGCGCCGAAGACAAGAAGAAGGGCUUCGAUGCCAGGAAAUUCUUCAUCGAUCUGGCCUCCGGAGGAACGGCCGCCGCCGUCUCCAAGACUGCCGUCGCCCCGAUCGAGCGUGUGAAGCUCCUGCUUCAGGUCCAAGAUGUCUCCAAGACCAUCACCGCUGACAAGCGUUACAAGGGCAUCAUGGAUGUGCUCGUCCGUGUCCCGAAGGAGCAGGGUGUGGCUGCCCUCUGGCGAGGAAACUUGGCCAACGUCAUCCGAUACUUCCCGACCCAGGCGUUGAACUUCGCCUUCAAGGAUACCUUCAAGAACAUCUUCCUCAAGGGAGUCGACAAGGAUAAGCAGUUCUGGCGUUUCCUCGCCGGUAACCUCGCAUCUGGUGGAGCUGCCGGAGCCGCCUCUCUCUGCUUCGUCUACCCUCUCGAUUUCGCCCGUACUCGUCUCGCCGCUGACGUCGGCAAGGGAGCCACUCGUGAAUUCAAGGGUCUUGGAGACUGCUUGGUCAAGAUCGCCAAGUCUGAUGGCCCCAUCGGACUUUACCGCGGUUUCUUUGUCUCUGUCCAGGGUAUCAUUAUCUACCGUGCCGCCUACUUCGGUAUGUUCGACACCGCCAAGGCCGUCUUCCAGCCCAAGGACGGAACCAAGCUCAACUUCUUCGCCGCCUGGGGUAUUGCUCAGGUUGUCACGAUUGGCUCUGGCAUCCUGUCCUAUCCUUGGGAUACUGUCCGUCGUCGUAUGAUGAUGCAGUCUGGCCGCAAGGACGUCCUCUACAAGAACACCCUGGAUUGCGCCGUCAAGAUUGUCAAGAACGAAGGAAUGAGCGCCAUGUUCAAGGGAGCCCUCUCCAACGUCUUCCGUGGAACUGGUGGUGCCCUCGUAUUGGCCAUCUACGACGAGAUCCAGAAAUUCAUU